GCAGCUGCCCUAGCUGCAUCGACUAUCGCACCGUCGCCAAGCCGCCCGAGCCGUACAACUUGGAAAGUCCAAAACGUAUUGCAUUGGUGGUGCCGUUUCGCGACCGCGGGACGCAUCUCGAGAAGUUUCGCGAACGCAUCCAGUCGCAUAUUGCUUCAUGGGAGAGGAAGGGUAUCCAUCACAGCUGGAAAGUCUAUGUGGUGGAACAAUUUGAUGAGCAGCUGUUCAACCGGGGCUAUCUCUUCAAUGUGGGCUUUCAGUACGCCACAGUCGAUGAGAAGAACACGGGCCAGAAAUUCGAUUGC